UGUAGGCGUCUUUGUCUCCAUAGUUGUCUUUAAGCAUUUGUAGAGCUUCUUUGUAACUCUUUGCCUCGAGCCUGAAUCCAGCAAUUAGUUCCUUCGCUUCUCCAUCCACUAAGUUCCGCAGCAAAGUAAGUUUUUCCACGUCUGAGCCAUUUCCAGAGUCCACUGCGCAUUUGAAUGAUUCAUAGAAUUCUACCCAGUCCUUUCGAGCUCCAUUGAAGGGUUUGAUUUGUAGCGUCGGCAAUUGAUAGACCGAUGAAAUAGUAGUUGCUGCUGUUUGAGGCGUUCCACUUGAUUGAGUUGAAGUCGACUGCAUCUUUUGGGAAUAUUUUAUUUCUUCCUCUUUUAAUUCUUUGUCGCUUUUUGCCAUAGCGACCUUUGCUUUGAUUGAGACAUCAUCUUUGAAGUCUUUUAGUUGUCGGAGCAUAGUAUCAAUUGCCUCCAUUGAUGCUUCUAAUUUGUGUGUCUUCUGGAAGGCCUCAUAUUCGUCAUUUGCCCCUGGGCGCUCAUCAGAUGGUAUUUUGCGUAGAAGGUCUGUCCAUGAUGAGAGAGAUUUUUUUUUGAUUUUUCUGAUGUCUUCAAUAUUCGCUUCUGCUUUAUUUAUUUCUUCUUCUAAUCGCUUGAAUUGCGCUUCUAAUUUGAUUGCCUUUAUUUGGUUGGAAUCGCCUUCUUUGAUGUUGUCAACCCAUUCUUCUUUUGAUUUUAUUUUUGCCAAUGCUCUGAUUGCAUUGACAAUUGUUGUUUUGAUUGGUGAUGCCAUUAUUUUUUAA